CAUGCAUUUCUGUUAUAAAGGCGAAGUUAACUAGUGGCUGCUUAGUUACUCACAGGUUUUUAACUUCGUAACAAUGGGAUUUGGAUUAGUAGAUCAUAUUAUAUUGCAUGGAUCGAUUGCUGUCUCUUUGGGUAUCGGGAUAUACUUUGGGUUUUGGAAAAAGUCCCGUACCGCCGAUGAGUAUCUGUUGGGCAAUCGAAAGAUGAAUGUGAUACCUGUAGCUAUGUCGAUAAUUGCGAGUUGCGUUACGGGUGUCACCUUUCUAGGAACUAGUGCCGAUGUUUACGCGUAUGGAGCAAAUAUGCUAUGGUCUGGUAUAUCUUGCAUAUUGGCAAAUGUUAUUGGAGGUUUCUUGUUUGUCCCAGUGUUAAUAAGGUGUAGAGCUGCAAAUGUUUUUGAAUAUUUCGAGUUAAGAUUUGACAAAAAAGUUAAGAUAGUGGCCUCCUGCGCGUAUACAUUGUACGCUUUACUUUACAGCGCAAUUUUGGCUUACGUUCCAGCCAUAGCGCUCGCUCAGGCAACCGAUAUCCAUCCCCAAAUUGUUACUUCUAUUGUGUGCACUAUGUGCGUCUUUUACACGACUGUUGGGGGAUUCAGAGCGGUAAUAUGGACGGAUGUGUUUCAAUUGAUUGGUAUAACCAUAUGUGUCGUUUUUAUACUCGUGCUGGGAAUAAAGUCGGUAGGCAGCAUAGGUGGGAUUAUAGAAAUGGCGGUCGAUGGCCAACGAUUGGAUUUUAAUUACAGCCUCGAUCCAACGAUAAGAGAUGGAUUUUGGCAGGUGGUACUAGGCGGUAUGGUUCUUUGGAUGUUCGCCGCAGCAUUCCAUCCCGGAACCAUCCAAAGAUAUUUAUCAGUCUCCGAGUUUAAAAAUGUCGUAAGGGUAAUGGCUCUCCAGUGUUUCGGAAUGGUGGCAGUAAACGCCUUCUGCGCUUUUAUUGGCGUUAUAUUAUAUGCAAGGUAUAGGAACUGUGAUCCAGUAAUGGCGGGUGACGUGCGACGAUACGAUCAAAUUCUUCCUUUUUUUAUCAUGGAAAUCGGCAAAAAAGUUCCAGGAUUGUCGGGUAUUUUUAUUGCCGGUAUUUUUAGUGCAACUUUAAGUACACUAUCUUCAUCAUUCAAUACGUUAUCUGCUACCAUUUAUGGGGACUUAAUAGCACCGUGUAUAUCACGAGAAGCACUAAAGGGCAAAGAAUGUUGGAUCUUAAGGCUGAUAGUUGUAAUAACGGGUGGUCUUUGCACAUGUUUAACUUUUCUGGUUGAAUACAUGGGAGGAAUAUUGCCGUUUGUGACGGCCUUUGUUGGCUUGGUGUAUGGAGUACUGACCGGAUUGUUCAUCCUUGGCCUUACCUUUCGGAGGGCAAAUGCAAAGGGUGCCUUUUAUGGAAGUGUUACAAGCUUUAUCUUCAUUGGUACCAUAGCUGCUAUAGGCCAAUGGUAUUCUAUUCAAGGUGCUGGUGUUGAUUUCAGAAAACCAAUGUCAGUGGCAGAUUGCCCGGUUCCUGUCAACAUCACAAUAGUGCCCACGACACACGCGGAGUAUACACACUCCAAACCAUUUGUACUAUUUCGAAUUUCCUUCUGGUACAACUCUGUUUUGUGUACGCUAAUGGUCAUCAUUGUUGGCAUGUUGGUUAGCUGUUUAACUAAAACCGAAAGCGUAGAUCCUACCCUUCUGAGUCACAUUGGCCGUAAAGGCGUCAGUAAAGGAAAACUAUCGACUAUAAAAACGUACGCGGUUGGAAUGAAGGACGAGAGUGGACAUACCUACAACUUCCAGCGGAAUGUUUGUUAAACAAUUACGACUGACUGUUUUUUAAGGAUACUGGGGUAUACUGAUCAGAUGCUACCCCUUUUAUAUAUCCUUGCAGCAAGAAUACAACAGAUAAGUUAUAUACAAAAAAAACUCCACCACCAAGAAAGUGACGAUCAACAUCCGUCUCAAAUCAGGCGUCUUUCAGAAGCAUUUUGUCAUUUAAAAGUAGACAUAGGAAAUCUCUCUGUCUACUUCUAAAUAAAUAGCCCUGUAUUACCUACUACACAAUUCCAUCCUCAAUGUUUAGAAAAAUCAUUUGGCAUGUCUCCCGCUUUAUUUCUAGAAAUAAUCAUAUAUGUAUUUACUGUUCCGCAAAUUAGUUCAAAUGAUUUAUGUAAUACUUAUUUAAAAAAAUUCAAUAAUGUAUGUUCAUCUUGUGACAUAGACCAUUCAACCUUUAAAUGUAUAUUGCAAUCGUUAUCUCACUAAUGUUCAUAAAUCACUAUU